AUGCAGCACUUGACUCAAGGUAAUCAAGAUAACAAUGGCAGCCUCAUCAAACCCUCCCAGCCAAGUUACUGGCACCGCUUUUAUCACUGGCGGUGCCUCUGGUAUUACAUUUUCCUCCCCUCGUCAGUCGAGGCCACGUUGACAUAUCCAGGAAUCGGCAGGUCAAUCGCCCACACCUACGCCCAGAACGGGAUAUCCGCCCUUGCUCUAGCAGAUAUCAGUCUCCCCGCUCUAGAAGCAACCCAGGCAGAGCUUCUCCAGAGCCACCCACACCUUGCUGACCGGAUUGCGAUCUAUACAGUCAAUGUGACGAAGGAAGAAGAGAUCUCAGCAGCAGUACAGUGCGCGGCUCACAGGUUCGGCCGCAUCGAUAUCUCCAUCCAUGGCGCGGGGAUUACUGGUACUGGCGCGCACACGCACGAGCUGGACCUGAAGGAAUGGCAGAGAGUCAUCGAUGUCAACCAGACAGGUGUUAUGCUUUGUGAUAAAUGGAUGGUCAAGCAAAUGCUCAGCCAGGAGUUGAUUACAGGGUAUCGCGGCCGCGGGAUUAUUGUGAAUAUCUCGUCCAUUUAUGGGGUUGUCGCGCCAGACGGGAGACUAGGGGCUGCGGCAUACGCGGCGUCGAAGCACGCUGUUAUUGGAUUAACGAAGCUCGACGCAAAAAACUACGCCAAAGACGGUGUCCGCAUCAACGCCGUCUGUCCGGGCUUCGUCGACACGCCCCUUACCCACCGCAACCUCGAAGAAGGCGUGCUUUCACCCGAGAUUGAAAACACGGUGCUGAAGCGCCCGGCGAGGCCAGAGGAGAUUGCAGACGCGGUGCUGUUCCUGACCUCGCGGAUGGGCAGUUAUAUGUGUGCGGCAGCUUUAGUCGUUGACGGGGGUUAUACUGCUUGA